UCUUCAAAGUGUAAGCCCUCCAAUAAAAACCUAAAACCCUCUCCUUUUUUUCCCGUCGUUUUUCUUCCAUACUUCCAAUGGCUGCUCACGGCGAAAAGAAGAAGAAAUCUCAGAAACAAAACCCUAACCAUUUAGCCCCAAAAUCUCAAAAACCCUUCAAAAGAUCGAAGAAGGAAAAGAUACCCAAAGAACCAGCUUCCACCGACUCACUCUCUACUUCUCUCCUCGUUCAAGACGACGAUCCCGAGUUCCCCAGAGGAGGAGGCAGCGUUUUGAGCAGGAAAGAGGAGGCGGAGGCCCGAGCUGAGGCGGAGGCUGAGUUUGAGAAGGAGAAGAAAGAGUUUAGGAAAGGGAAAGACAGGAGGAAGAAGAAAAAUGAGAGGAAGAAGCCUGCAAAGGGGGCGGAUGAUGAAUUGGGAUCGCUCUUCGGUGAAGGAGUCACCGGCAGAUUGCCAAAGUUUGCCAAUCGCAUAACAUUGAAGAAUAUUUCACCAAACAUGAAGCUUUGGGGAGUCAUCGUCGAAGUAAAUCAGAAAGACCUUGUCAUCGGUCUUCCUGGAGGACUAAGGGGAUUUGUUCGCACAGAGGAUGUGUCUGACAUUGUGUUAGAUAACGUGGAUAAGGAUACUGAAACUUACAUACUUCCUAGCAUCUUUCAUGUUGGUCAACUUGUAUCUUGCAUAGUACUAACAGUUGAUGACGAUAAGAGAGAAGGAAGUGGACAAAAAAGGAUUUGGCUGUCUCUGCAUCUUAGUUUGCUGUACAAAGGCCUCACUCUGGAUGCUGUUCAAGAUGGGAUGGUUCUUACAGCACAGGUGAAGAGUGUUGAGGACCAUGGCUACAUUCUUCAUUUUGGAGUCCCAUUGUUCACUGGGUUUCUCCCUAGGAGUGGUCAAGGUGGUGGUAAAUUCCUUAAAGGCCAGUUGCUACAGUGUGCAGUGAAGAGUGUUGAUAAAGUUAGAACUGUUGUUUAUCUUAAUGCUGAUCCAGAUUUGGUGUCCAAAUAUGUGGCCAAGGAUCUAAAGGGGAUUUCUAUAGACCUUCUGGUUCCUGGCAUGAUGGUCAAUGCUCGCAUUCAUUCUAUCCUUGAGAAUGGAAUUAUGCUCUGCUUUCUUACUUAUUUUACCGGAACAGUAUGUUUUUUUGAAUAUGAUCAGAACAAGAAGGUGAAUGCUCGAAUUUUGUUUAUAGAUCCGUCAUCUAGGGCUAUUGGACUGACAUUGAACUCUUACCAUAUUCAGAAUAAGGUUCCUCCAUCUCAUGUCAAAACAGGAGAUAUUUAUGAUAAUUCACGAAUUUUAAGAGUUGAUCGUGGAAUUGGUCUCCUUCUUGAAAUCCCUUCUUCUCCAAAGCCUACACCGGCAUAUGUCAAUAUAUUUGAUGUUGCUGACGAGGAAGGUCUGAAGCUUGAGAAGAAGUUUAGGGAAGGCAGUGAAGUUCGUGUUCGUGUUACUGGAAUUAAGCAUCUUGAAGGACUGGCAAUGGGCACCUUAAAGGGUAGUGCUUUUGAAGGUUCUGUUUUUACUCAUUCAGAUGUUAAGCCUGGAAUGUUACUGAAAGCUAAGGUCAUUGCUGUGGAGAAUUUUGGUGCAAUUGUACAAUUUGCAAGUGGUAUAAAGGCACUUUGUCCUCUUCCGCAUAUGUCAGAACUUGACAUCAUGAAACCUCCUAAGAAAUUUAAGGUUGGAGCUGAGUUACCGUUCCGCGUGCUUGGUUGCAAAUCAAAGCGAAUUACUGUCACACAUAAGAAAACUCUAGUGAAAUCGAAGCUGAACAUUUUGGCUUCCUAUGCUGAUGCUACUGAAGGAUUAAUUACUCAUGGAUGGAUUACGAAGAUUGAAAAGCAUGGGUGCUUUGUGAAAUUUUACAAUGGAGUACAGGGUUUUGCCCACAGAUCGGAGCUUGCGUUGGAUCCCGGAAGUGAGGCAGAUGCUGUAUAUCAUGUUGGACAAGUUGUCAAAUGUAGGAUAAUCAGUUCAGUUGUUGCUUCCCAUAAUAUCAACCUCAGUUUUGUGACAUCUCCUAAAAGGGUUUGUCAGGAUGAUGUAACCAAGAUUGGCAGUGUUGUUUCUGGCAUUGUCGAACGUCUCACUGCUUCAGGAGUUAUUUUACAUGUGGAUAAUGCUGUGUACAUGAAGGGGAUGAUACCUGACGAGCAUUUAACAGACCACCGAGGGCAAGCCAUGAUGUUCAAAUCUUUGUUAAGGCCUGGAUACAAGUUUGAUCAGCUUUUGGUGCUGGAUAUUGAAGGUCAGAAUUUAGUCCUUUCAGCCAAAUACUCGCUUCUUUGUUCUUUGCAAGAGAUUCCAUCGGAGGUUUCGCAGAUACGUCCAUUAUCUGUUCUCCAUGGGUAUAUCUGCAAUGUAAUUGAGGCUGGUUGCUUUGUUCGAUUUCUUGGGCGCUUGACAGGAUUCUCUCCCAAAUAUAAAGUUGCUGAUGAAAAAAUUGAUAAUCUUUUGGACGCUUUCUCUGUCGGUCAAUCAGUUCGCAGUUAUAUCCUCAAUGUUAAUAGUGAAACUGGCCGGAUAAAACUAUCCUUGAAGCAGUCCUUAUGCUUUUCAACAGAUGUUUCAUUUAUCCAGAGCUACUUUUUAAUGGAAGAAAAGAUAGCAAAACUGCAAUUUUCAGAUGCCAAAAUUUCUGAUUUGAGAUGGUUGGAAAGUUUCAAUAUUGGUGCUGUGGUUGAAGGGGAGGUGCAAGAGAUGAAAGAAUUUGGGUCUGUGCUCAGCUUCAAGGAUCAUCCUGAUAUUGUAGGCUUUAUUGCAAAUCAACAUUUGGGUGGAAGUCAGUUGGAAAAGGGUUCUGUUGUUAAAGCUUUUGUUCUGGACAUAGCCAAAUCCGAAGGUCUUGUUGAUUUAUCUCUCAAGACAGAGUUAGUUGACCGUGCCAAUAUUGGGGCAUCUAAGAAUCUUUCCUCUAAAAAGAAGCGCAGAAGAGAUAGGUCUACGGACUUGGAGUUGCAGCAGACAGUAAAUACAAUUGUGGAAAUUGUGAAAGAGAAUUACUUGGUGCUUUCAAUUCCAGAGCAUAAUUAUGCUAUAGGAUAUGCUUCUCUGCUUGAUUACAACACUCAAAAGCUUUCUCCAAGGCACUUCCACUAUGGACAAAGCGUCGUUGCCACUGUUGGGGAAGUUCCAAGCCCCGACUCACUUGGCAGGCUUCUGCUUCUACUUAAGUGUACUACUGAAGUUUUAAAGACUUCUAGUUCUAAAAGAACCAAGAAAGCACCAAACUAUGUUGUGGGGUCACUUGUUGAUGCAGAGGUUAUUGACAUAAAGCCUCUUGAACUUGUUGUGAAAUUUGGUACCGGACUUCAUGGAAGAGUUCAUAUUACUGAGGUUGCCGAAGAUGGUCAUUCUUUGGACAAUAUGUUAAGUAAAUUUAGGAUUGGGCAACUUGUAAAUGCACGUAUUGUUUCAAAGGCACAAUCUGGAAAGAAGGGAAAAGGGUAUGAAUGGGAAUUGUCUCUUAGACCCUCUGUUCUUUCAGGGUCAGCACAAAUGAUUAGUGGAGAAUUUAAUUUCUCUGUUGGAAAUAUUGUUAGUGGAUAUGUAUCGAAGGUUGACAAUGAAUGGGUGUGGUUAACGGUGUCACGGAAUGUCAGGGCCCAUAUUUAUAUUCUUGAUAGUUCUUCUGAGCCCAGUGAACUUCAGGAAUUUGGAAAGCUCUAUACUGUUGGACGGGCUGUGGAAGGCCGUAUUAUAGGUAUGCAUAAAGAGAAAAGGUUGUUGCGGUUAUGCCCAUCCAUUUCUUCACUUGCUGAUCGUGGAAGUUCAGCCAAAGAGAUUGAAGAAAGUAAUGUUUCUGAUGCAACUGGUCUGGAGCAUAUUAUGCAAGGGGAUCUUAUUGGGGGAAGAAUUAAAAAAGUACUUCCUGGUGUUGGUGGGUUACUUGUGCAGAUUGGACCUCAUCGUCAUGGUAGGGUUCAUUAUACUGAACUUUUAGAUACUUGGGCAUCUAAUCCUCUGUCCAGAUACGAGGAAGGGCAAUUUGUUAAGUGCAAGGUCCUUGAAAUAAGCCGUUCUUCAGAUGGACUUCUUCAUGUUGAUUUGUCCUUGCGUACAUCAUUAAUGGGCAUCAACUCCACCAUCGGGAGUGACAGCAUGGAUUCAAUACUUGAACGGUUUGAAAACAUUGAAGAUCUACAUCCAAACAUGGAAGUCAAGGGUUAUGUAAAGAAUGUUACUACAAAAGGAUGUUUCAUUAUGCUUUCUCGAAGGAUUGAUGCUCGAGUCCUCUUGUCAAACUUGUCUGAUGAUUACAUUGAUACCCCUGAGAAGGAGUUUCCUGUAGGAUUACUCGUGCAUGGCAGGGUCUUAUCAGUGGAUUCUUCAUCAAAGAGAGUCGAUGUAACAUUGAAGAAAGACACUGAAAGCCAAAGAGUAAAAUCAGACACAAGCUCUUUUCUCAAUGUGAAAGUCGGAGAUGUGAUUUCUGGCUUGAUUAGGCGGACUGAACCAUACGGUUUAUUUAUCAAAAUUGAUAAUACCAGCAUGGUUGGCCUUUGUCAUAUAUCAGAAGUGUCCGAUGAGCAUCUUGAUAAAAUUGAAGGCAAAUAUCAGGCCGGGGAAAGGGUUGUAGCAAAGGUUCUAAAGGUUGAUGAGGAAAGGCGCCGCAUAUCAUUGGGAAUGAAGAAAUCUUACAUUGGUGAUACCAAUCAUGGACAAACUGUAUCUGGCCAUUCUGAAAAUGACAAAACUGCUGAUGAUCCUGUAGUUAUGUAUGAUUCUUUGCCUACAAUGCAACAGAAUGAUGACUCUCCACUAAUCCAAGAGAUUUUUAAUUGCGAAGAUGACCCUGCAGUUCUUUCACAAGUUCAGACAAGGGCUUCAGUCCUUCCUCUCCAGGUCUCUCUUGAUCAGUCGGACAGUUCUGACAUGGAAGAUGCAAGUGAAAAGCAGGAUAGUAUUGGACAGAACAACUUGGUUGUGAAGAGGAGUGAUAGACGUGAAAGGAAGAAGGCAAAAGAGGAGAGAGAGCUUGAAAUUACUGCUGCUGAAGAGAGAAUCUUACAGAAGGAUAUACCACGUACAGAGGAAGAUUUUGAGAAAUUGGUGAGGAGCUCCCCUAAUAGCAGUUUUGUCUGGGUGCAGUACAUGGCCUUUAUGGAGUCACUUGCAGAUGUUGAGAAGGCACGCUCUAUUGCUGAAAGGGCUUUGAGAACAAUAAAUUUCCGAGAAGAAAAUGAAAAGCUUAAUAUUUGGACAGCUUAUUUUAAUUUAGAGAACCAAUAUGGAAAUCCUCCCAAGGAGUCUGUUAGAAAAAUCUUCCAAAGAGCGCUGCAAUACUGUGAUCCCAAAAAAGUCCAUUUCGCUCUGCUUGGGAUGUAUGAAAGGACCGAACAGCAUGACCUGGCAGAAGAUCUUCUUGAAAGAAUGGCAAAAAAAUUCAAAACUUCAUGCAAGAUCUGGUUGCAUCGUGUGCAAAACCUCUUGAAGCAAGGCAAAGAGGGAAUUCAAUCGAUUGUAAACCGUGCUCUUCUAAGUCUUCCUCGCAAAAAACACAUCAAAUUUAUCUCACAGACUGCAAUUCUGGAGUUCAAAUGUGGCUUACCUGAUCGAGGUAGGUCAAUGUUUGAAGGUGUGCUGCGGGAGUAUCCUAAGAGAACAGAUCUUUGGAGUAUUUACCUUGAUCAGGAGAUCCGACUAGGCGAUCCAGAUGUCAUUCGAGCAUUAUUUGAGAGGGUAACCUGUUUAAGCCUUCCUCCGAGGAAAAUUGAGUUUUUAUUCAAGAAGUAUCUCAACUACGAAAAGUCACAAGGUGAUGAAGAGAGGAUUGAACAUGUCAAGAGAAAAGCAAUAGAAUAUGCUGAGAGCUUGAAAUGAACGUCCAACUGGAUUUGAUGGAUAAAGAAUCAAAUAUUUGGCUUCAUAGGGAUGAUAAUCUGCAAUCGCCACUCUCUUCGGAUGGAAACAUGAUAUGAGCUCUGCUGGAAUAAAUCAUUGACUUCUUAUCCAGAUUAUGAUUGCCUAAUGAGGCUUGUUGUAGAUUAUGAAGGUUUUAGGUGUCGGCGGAGUCACACAGUCGCGGCAAAUUGUAUAAUUGGAAUUCUACUCUUCUCUUUUGGGUUCAAUAGGUUGACUAUCCAGGGUAAAAAUUUUGUGAUACAACCCGUCCCUGGUGUAGUCCUUGGGGACAUUUUUGGGUGUAGAACAUACAAGAGUGAUGUGUUUGAUUUGCCUAGUUUGAUGUUUCUGUAUGUAAAAUAUUACCCAUUCUUGGUGGAAAAAUAUAAUUUUGAGUACAAUAUCUUUUGUA